AUGGAGGAGCAGGUGGAGGUUCUGAGGAGCGAGCUGGUUAAGGCGGGAGGAGAGGGAAAGAUCAAAGCCGUAAACAUUGAAAGCUGCAAGUCACCGCCGCCUUCCCCGGCCCUCUCUCCUUGUGUCACCGCCGCCUUCCCCGGCCCUCUCUCCUUGUGCCACCGCCGCCUUCCCCGGCCCUCUCUCCUUGUGCCACCGCCGCCUUCCCCGGCCCUCUCUCCUUGUGCCACCGCCGCCUUCCCCGGCCCUCUCUCCUUGUGUCACCGCCGCCUUCCCCGGCCCUCUCUCCUUGUGUCACCGCCGCCUUCCCCGGCCCUCUCUCCUUGUGCCACCGCCGCCUUCCCCGGCCCUCUCUCCUUGUGCCACCGCCGCCUUCCCCGGCCCUCUCUCCUUGUGUCACCGCCGCCUUCCCCGGCCCUCUCUCCUUGUGUCACCGCCGCCUUCCCCGGCCCUCUCUCCUUGUGCCACCGCCGCCUUCCCCGGCCCUCUCUCCUUGUGCCACCGCCGCCUUCCCCGGCCCUCUCUCCUUGUGUCACCGCCGCCUUCCCCGGCCCUCUCUCCUUGUGUCACCGCCGCCUUCCCCGGCCCUCUCUCCUUGUGUCACCGCCGCCUUCCCCGGCCCUCUCUCCUUGUGCCACCGCCGCCUUCCCGGCCCUCUCUCCUUGUGUCACCGCCGCCUUCCCCAGGCCCUCUCUCCUUGUGCCACCGCCGCCUUCCCCGGCCCUCUCUCCUUGUGCCACCGCCGCCUUCCCCGGCCCUCUCUCCUUGUGUCACCGCCGCCUUCCCCGGCCCUCUCUCCUUGUGCCACCGCCGCCUUCCCCGGCCCUCUCUCCUUGUGCCACCGCCGCCUUCCCCGGCCCUCUCUCCUUGUGUCACCGCCGCCUUCCCCGGCCCUCUCUCCUUGUGUCACCGCCGCCUUCCCCGGCCCUCUCUCCUUGUGCCACCGCCGCCUUCCCCGGCCCUCUCUCCUUGUGCCACCGCCGCCUUCCCGGCCCUCUCUCCUUGUGUCACCGCCGCCUUCCCCGGCCCUCUCUCCUUGUGUCACCGCCGCCUUCCCCGGCCCUCUCUCCUUGUGUCACCGCCGCCUUCCCCGGCCCUCUCUCCUUGUGUCACCGCCGCCUUCCCCGGCCCUCUCUCCUUGUGCCACCGCCGCCUUCCCCGGCCCUCUCUCCUUGUGUCACCGCCGCCUUCCCCGGCCCUCUCUCCUUGUGUCACCGCCGCCUUCCCCGGCCCUCUCUCCUUGUGUCACCGCCGCCUUCCCCGGCCCUCUCUCCUUGUGCCACCGCCGCCUUCCCCGGCCCUCUCUCCUUGUGUCACCGCCGCCUUCCCCGGCCCUCUCUCCUUGUGUCACCGCCGCCUUCCCCGGCCCUCUCUCCUUGUGUCACCGCCGCCUUCCCCGGCCCUCUCUCCUUGUGUCACCGCCGCCUUCCCCGGCCCUCUCUCCUUGUGCCACCGCCGCCUUCCCGGCCCUCUCUCCUUGUGUCACCGCCGCCUUCCCCGGCCCUCUCUCCUUGUGUCACCGCCGCCUUCCCCGGCCCUCUCUCCUUGUGCCACCGCCGCCUUCCCCGGCCCUCUCUCCUUGUGUCACCGCCGCCUUCCCCGGCCCUCUCUCCUUGUGCCACCGCCGCCUUCCCCGGCCCUCUCUCCUUGUGCCACCGCCGCCUUCCCCGGCCCUCUCUCCUUGUGCCACCGCCGCCUUCCCCGGCCCUCUCUCCUUGUGUCACCGCCGCCUUCCCCGGCCCUCUCUCCUUGUGUCACCGCCGCCUUCCCCGGCCCUCUCUCCUUGUGUCACCGCCGCCUUCCCCGGCCCUCUCUCCUUGUGUCACCGCCGCCUUCCCCGGCCCUCUCUCCUUGUGUCACCGCCGCCUUCCCCGGCCCUCUCUCCUUGUGUCACCGCCGCCUUCCCCGGCCCUCUCUCCUUGUGUCACCGCCGCCUUCUCCGGCCCUCUCUCCUUGUGUCACCGCCGCCUUCCCCGGCCCUCUCUCCUUGUGCCACCGCCGCCUUCCCCGGCCCUCUCUCCUUGUGCCACCGCCGCCUUCCCCGGCCCUCUCUCCUUGUGUCACCGCCGCCUUCCCCGGCCCUCUCUCCUUGUGCCACCGCCGCCUUCCCCGGCCCUCUCUCCUUGUGCCACCGCCGCCUUCCCCGGCCCUCUCUCCUUGUGCCACCGCCGCCUUCCCGGCCCUCUCUCCUUGUGCCACCGCCGCCUUCCCCGGCCCUCUCUCCUUGUGCCACCGCCGCCUUCCCCGGCCCUCUCUCCUUGUGUCACCGCCGCCUUCCCCGGCCCUCUCUCCUUGUGCCACCGCCGCCUUCCCCGGCCCUCUCUCCUUGUGCCACCCGCCGCCUUCCCCGGCCCUCUCUCCUUGUGUCACCGCCGCCUUCCCCGGCCCUCUCUCCUUGUGUCACCGCCGCCUUCCCCGGCCCUCUCUCCUUGUGUCACCGCCGCCUUCCCCGGCCCUCUCUCCUUGUGCCACCGCCGCCUUCCCCGGCCCUCUCUCCUUGUGUCACCGCCGCCUUCCCCGGCCCUCUCUCCUUGUGUCACCGCCGCCUUCCCCGGCCCUCUCUCCUUGUGUCACCGCCGCCUUCCCCGGCCCUCUCUCCUUGUGCCACCGCCGCCUUCCCGGCCCUCUCUCCUUGUGCCACCGCCGCCUUCCCCGGCCCUCUCUCCUUGUGUCACCGCCGCCUUCCCCGGCCCUCUCUCCUUGUGCCACCGCCGCCUUCCCCGGCCCUCUCUCCUUGUGCCACCGCCGCCUUCCCCGGCCCUCUCUCCUUGUGCCACCGCCGCCUUCCCCGGCCCUCUCUCCUUGUGUCACCGCCGCCUUCCCCGGCCCUCUCUCCUUGUGCCACCGCCGCCUUCCCCCGCCCCUCUCUCCUUGUGUCACCGCCGCCUUCCCCGGCCCUCUCUCCUUGUGUCACCGCCGCCUUCCCCGGCCCUCUCUCCUUGUGCCACCGCCGCCUUCCCCGGCCCUCUCUCCUUGUGCCACCGCCGCCUUCCCCGGCCCUCUCUCCUUGUGUCACCGCCGCCUUCCCCGGCCCUCUCUCCUUGUGUCACCGCCGCCGCCUUCCCCGGCCCUCUCUCCUUGUGCCACCGCCGCCUUCCCCGGCCCUCUCUCCUUGUGCCACCGCCGCCUUCCCCGGCCCUCUCUCCUUGUGCACCGCCGCCUUCCCCGGCCCUCUCUCCUUGUGUCACCGCCGCCUUCCCCGGCCCUCUCUCCUUGUGCCACCGCCGCCUUCCCCGGCCCUCUCUCCUUGUGCCACCGCCGCCUUCCCCGGCCCUCUCUCCUUGUGUCACCGCCGCCUUCCCCGGCCCUCUCUCCUUGUGCCACCGCCGCCUUCCCCGGCCCUCUCUCCUUGUGCCACCGCCGCCUUCCCCGGCCCUCUCUCCUUGUGCCACCGCCGCCUUCCCGGCCCUCUCUCCUUGUGUCACCGCCGCCUUCCCCGGCCCUCUCUCCUUGUGCCACCGCCGCCUUCCCCGGCCCUCUCUCCUUGUGUCACCGCCGCCUUCCCCGGCCCUCUCUCCUUGUGCCACCGCCGCCUUCCCCGGCCCUCUCUCCUUGUGUCACCGCCGCCUUCCCCGGCCCUCUCUCCUUGUGUCACCGCCGCCUUCCCCGGCCCUCUCUCCUUGUGCCACCGCCGCCUUCCCCGGCCCUCUCUCCUUGUGCCACCGCCGCCUUCCCCGGCCCUCUCUCCUUGUGUCACCGCCGCCUUCCCCGGCCCUCUCUCCUUGUGCCACCGCCGCCUUCCCCGGCCCUCUCUCCUUGUGUCACCGCCGCCUUCCCCGGCCCUCUCUCCUUGUGCCACCGCCGCCUUCCCCGGCCCUCUCUCCUUGUGCCACCGCCGCCUUCCCCGGCCCUCUCUCCUUGUGCCACCGCCGCCUUCCCCGGCCCUCUCUCCUUGUGUCACCGCCGCCUUCCCCGGCCCUCUCUCCUUGUGCCACCGCCGCCUUCCCCGGCCCUCUCUCCUUGUGUCACCCCGCCGCCUUCCCCGGCCCUCUCUCCUUGUGUCACCGCCGCCUUCCCCGGCCCUCUCUCCUUGUGUCACCGCCGCCUUCCCCGGCCCUCUCUCCUUGUGUCACCGCCGCCUUCCCCGGCCCUCUCUCCUUGUGUCACCGCCGCCUUCCCCGGCCCUCUCUCCUUGUGUCACCGCCGCCUUCCCCGGCCCUCUCUCCUUGUGUCACCGCCGCCUUCCCCGGCCCUCUCUCCUUGUGUCACCGCCGCCUUCCCCGGCCCCUCUCUCCUUGUGUCACCGCCGCCUUCCCCGGCCCUCUCUCCUUGUGUCACCGCCGCCUUCCCGGCCCUCUCUCCUUGUGUCACCGCCGCCUUCCCCGGCCCUCUCUCCUUGUGCCACCGCCGCCUUCCCUGGCCCUCUCUCCUUGUGCCACCGCCGCCUUCCCGGCCCUCUCUCCUUGUGCCACCGCCGCCUUCCCCGGCCCUCUCUCCUUGUGUCACCGCCGCCUUCCCGGCCCUCUCUCCUUGUGCCACCGCCGCCUUCCCCGGCCCUCUCUCCUUGUGCCACCGCCGCCUUCCCCGGCCCUCUCUCCUUGUGUCACCGCCGCCUUCCCCGGCCCUCUCUCCUUGUGUCACCGCCGCCUUCCCCGGCCCUCUCUCCUUGUGUCACCGCCGCCUUCCCCGGCCCUCUCUCCUUGUGCCACCGCCGCCUUCCCCGGCCCUCUCUCCUUGUGCCACCGCCGCCGGCCUUCCCCGGCCCUCUCUCCUUGUGCCACCGCCGCCUUCCCCGGCCCUCUCUCCUUGUGUCACCGCCGCCUUCCCCGGCCCUCUCUCCUUGUGCCACCGCCGCCUUCCCCGGCCCUCUCUCCUUGUGCCACCGCCGCCUUCCCCGGCCCUCUCUCCUUGUGCCACCGCCGCCUUCCCCGGCCCUCUCUCCUUGUGUCACCGCCGCCUUCCCCGGCCCUCUCUCCUUGUGUCACCGCCGCCUUCCCCGGCCCUCUCUCCUUGUGCCACCGCCGCCUUCCCCGGCCAUCUCUCCUUGUGUCACCGCCGCCUUCCCCGGCCCUCUCUCCUUGUGCCACCGCCGCCUUCCCCGGCCCUCUCUCCUUGUGUCACCGCCGCCUUCCCUGGCCAUCUCUCCUUGUGUCACCGCCGCCUUCCCCGGCCCUCUCUCCUUGUGUCACCGCCGCCUUCCCCGGCCCUCUCUCCUUGUGCCACCGCCGCCUUCCCCGGCCCUCUCUCCUUGUGUCACCGCCGCCUUCCCCGGCCCUCUCUCCUUGUGUCACCGCCGCCUUCCCCGGCCCUCUCUCCUUGUGUCACCGCCGCCUUCCCCGGCCCUCUCUCCUUGUGUCACCGCCGCCUUCCCCGGCCCUCUCUCCUUGUGCCACCGCCGCCUUCCCCGGCCCUCUCUCCUUGUGCCACCGCCGCCUUCCCCGGCCCUCUCUCCUUGUGCCACCGCCGCCUUCCCCGGCCCUCUCUCCUCGUGUCACCACCGCCUUCCCCGGCCCUGAUUGUGUUUGUUGA